AAUUAAUUAGAUUAAAUUUUCUAUUUGCUAUUUAAAUAUUAAUUCUAGAAAUCAGUAAAACUUAUAAAAAAACACACAGCUUUAAGUAAAAAAUGACAGAAACAACUCUGCUUGAUUAUGUAGAAUUAGCAGUUUAUCCAAUUUAUUUGAUAUGCUCAAGCUUAAUAAGCUUUUUAGUUAUAUUUAAUUAGAGAAAGAUAAAAAAAAGAUUUAAAAUAGAUUUGAUGAUAACUUUUAUGAUAAUCUAUAUUUCAAACUUUUUUAUAACAUAUUUUAAUUUUCAGCUCUUAAACAUGUAUAUCAGAGUAGGUUUGCCUAUGUCCGUAAUCUUUUUAUCAAUCUACAUUUAAAGCAAAAUUACAAUUAUUGGAUUAACUGGAGGAAUAGCAUGUGGAAAAUCCGCAGUAGGAAAUUAUUUCAAAGAUUUUUUAAAGCUCUCAAUUAUAGAUUGUGAUAUAUUAUCAAGGAGAGUUGUUGAAGUUGGAAAACCAGCUUAUAAUAAGUUGAAGGAAAGAUAUGGAAAUAAAAUUUUGUAAGAGAAUGGAGAAAUAGAUAGAGCUGAAUUAGGAAAACUUGUAUUUAAUAAUCCAGCUAUCCGCAAGCAUGUUACACAAACAACAGGAUGGUACAUAAUGCUAGAAAUUUUAAAGGAAAUUUACUAAAUUGGAUUUGUAAAAAAAGAAAAUGUUAUGUUGCUAGAUGCUCCAAUUCUAUAUGAAACGAAAUACCUAGAGUACAUUUGCCACCCAAUAAUAGUUGUUUUCUUAUCAUAGGAGUAACUUCAAAUAGAAAGGCUAGUUAAACGUGAUAAAAUAAGUGAAGAAGAAGCAUUAAAGAAAAUAAAGUCUUAAAUGCCUAUUAGCAAAAAAAUAGAAAAGGCUGAUAUAACAAUAUGCAAUGAUGGAACAAUAGAGGAUAUGAAGAAAUAAGUGAAUAGAAUAUUACCUUAAUUGGUUUAAUGAAAAAUACUAAUUGAAAUGUAUGUUAAAAAUAAGUUUACAUUCAUUUGUAAAAAUGUUAAUAAUAAUAGAAAAUUUAUUAUUGUAUUAAUGAAAAAAGUUUC